AUGGAGACUUCCUGGUAUUCGUUCCGCCAUAUUCUCGAAAAUCUCGAGUGCUCCGUUGUUGAGUUCAAUCCUACCGUGGCUUCUCAGACUACGUCGUGUCAUUCUGAAUGUCCACUUACAUCCACACAACUGGCCAGUUGCCAUCUAUUCCCCGGAGGUCAAACGUUUGCCGAAACAAUUUCAAUCUACUUGUCUUCUCCUGGUCCUUUAAUAAACCGGUCUGUACAGGCUUGGCUCCUCGGCCAGUUAGCUAGUAAGCAUCAGGUUAAUACCUCCGGCUAUUCCGUCCUCGCUAAUAACAACCUUAAGCUCCAAUCUCAUACUUCUAUGUCUCAACCUAUGAUUUGCUCUGCAAUUAACGAGUUAGGUGGUCCGCUUUUGGGUCUUCAUCGACUGAGGUGUAUCUGGAUAGCUACGGAGGAGAUAGUAACAGACCGCCUAGCCGUCGGACCUUUUGUGCAAACCCUAUUAACUACAAGGAAUACAAAUACAAUUGACAAAGCUCUGUUUUCCAAUUCCUACAUU